GGGAGACUGACUUGGCAGAAAUUAGAUAUAUUACAAAUUUCUGUUGCGUUUCGUUGAAUAAAUGAUAUUGUUUAAACUGCUAGUUUAGACCAAUAAAUUGGUAACCUUUAUGACCCAGAUGUUUAUUCAGUUUAGAGCAUGUAUGAUAUUGUUUAACGCUAUCAGUUUAAAACUUCAUGACAGCCACUUCGACAGUAGGAUAUCUUCUUCAAGCAGCAAGGCAGUAAAUGAACUGCCUAAAGAGUGGGAUUGGCGCACCGAAGAUGUUAUACGAACUCCAAUUUUGAAUAAAAAACGUAAUAAAGUAUGUUGGGCCAUACAAACGGCCGCAUGCAUUGAAGCUCAAGAAAAUAUAAAGCGCAAAGAGAGGGGAGAGGCUGCUGAAGUAAUCCUCUCUCCUCAAUCGCUCAUUGAUGAGUGUCCUCAAAACAAAGAUGGUUCCCUUGGGAACACUGCGAGGGCCUUCAAUUGUGUUAAAGAUAACGGAAUUGCCUAUCUGGCUGACUAUCUGUUCAGUGGAAAAAGAGCAACUCUAGAAAAAGUGAAGGGCAGCGAACGUCUCUCUAAAGACAUCGAACGUCUCUCUAUUUCUGAUUAUUACGCUUUAGACAACGAAAAUGAACGAAAUGACCCAAAGUUGAAAGUCCGUGAUCAGGAAAUAGUUGGACUAGUCCGGAAGCACCCCAUUGUUGAGGUUCUCGAGUAUACACCAGAACUCGGAGACAUGAUUGACUAUACGAUUUACAAGGAGGCAAGGAAGAAUGACAAGGAUAAGAUCAAACGUUAUGUUGUUCUUAUUAUGGGCUACGGGGAGGAGGAUGGAUCCAAGUACUGGAUAUUCCGAAAUUCAUACGGGACAUGGUGUGUAGACGGCGACUAUGGAAGGAUUGAGAGAGAGAUGCCAGAUGGAAGACAAUCCCUUUUCAUGAGUAUUUUUAUGCCAAAUAGGUUUCACAUAUGAUGUGCAAGUAAAACCUUUCAGACCAACAUUAUAGAUUGGAAUUUUCUGAUCUAGUAAUCUAAAUCUGAAUGGCCUACUAUUGAAUCUGAU